AUGCCCCGAGGCUUCUACCAACCCACGUCAAGUUCUGCGUCCCGAGCUACCAAUGCGGGGAUACGCGAGCAGAGCAAUCAACCAUCAAACAUAAGAACUAGACAGGGUCGAUUCGAAGCUCCUGCCAAGAUACCGGGAGCUGGAGAGGCGAAGCAACCCUACCCGACGGCAUCCAGACGCAAGUCUAGUAGCCCCUCAGCUUUGCCCCUUCCACAAGCAUCGAGCGAACCUCGACUGCCUCCUUCCGGACGCAAAUCGCUUGCCUAUUUGCAAGGCAGGAAUCCAUAUGGCCGAGUCUUGGACAGAAUCCAACAUCCGCACCGGGAGCCCGAGGCAGUGACGACAGCAGCUGUAUCACCUUCCCAAGCUGGCUCCAAUAUCGGUUCACAGCCACUUCCGGUGGGUGUCGCAGACUUGAAAAUACAAUCUCUGGCUCAAGAGUCGGGUCGACGCGACACCCAGACAACAUCCCCGCCAUCGAGACAGCCACAGGUUCCCAAGUCAGUUCGCUCUGCCAAGAACUUCUUCGAGACAGAAGCCUUUCAACGUCCGUCGGCGUCCCAUCCCCCACCUUCAGUCCCUGGUGCCAGUACCGCGAGGGCGCUCGCACCCCAAACCUACCCCUCUAGUUCCUCUCUCGAAUCUCCUGCCCGUGCUCCAAACCCGAAGCUGUCUUCUACUCCUGACGAGCAAGCCCCCAAUACUGGGCUGCUGUUAUCUUCUCUCACGGAAUUUUACGAUACUCGCGAAUCUGUGCAGUCUAUGAUUUCCUACAAACAAGGCAAAGCCGAUGAGUGUGCUCUCAUCAUCACGACACAGAAAGCAACGCCCCCGGCAGAACCAUCUGAUCAGGGAGAGGAGCAGUACUUUUCCGAUAUAGAGCGAGAACCCACUGGUCGUCGGAAGUCAACCAACAUCUUCGCAGGCAAAUCCGGCGGUACAGGGCUUCCAAGUCUUGGUCAACAGGCCAAACAGGACAGCUUUGCAAGCGAUAAUCUCUCCAAGAGGCCGCUUCCCGACACUGGCGGGGUCAACCCAACUGGUCACAGAGGUCCCUCUGACGAGAUUGUGAGGUGUCUCGCUACCCGCAGUUCAAUACCAGCUGCUGAGACCAGGCAAGCCAACAGUUCGAACCCUCCGUCGCAACAAGAAGGUAGACGUGCGAAGUCUGGUCGCGAUCUUCGAAGGACUUUCGAGGAAGACAACGGGAUUUCCCCUAAACGGCUCAGGCGCAGUGGAUUACACACUGCUUCUUUGACGGAGAGUGGUAGUUCACCAAAGGAACCCGUCGAUCGUGUCGCUCAGUGGACUCGGAGUACAAAUGUUGGAAAUCCUCACAAUCAGUUUGGGAAGUCUAUUGGUGUGCGUAGACGAGCCGAUGAGAUCGUGGCAAGGAAUCUUGGCCACGACGGUGCAAGCGACAUGACUGUCUCUCGACAUAGCUGUAUCUCAGGUUCGAUUCCAACUGCUAAUAUCGGUGUCGAAGAGCAGUAUGGCGAGACUAAAGUGCCGGACGAUGUUGACAAUCGCCAAGGGUACGGGCGUCGCGUCACACAAGAUUUUGGCUUCCCAGGCGCACAGAUCAAGUCGCAUGGCAUCAACAAGACAAGCCGACCAUUACGAGACCCUGGCAAUUGGACCAAGCGAGCGUGUGGGCACUUCUCAUACAUGGGCAAAACCGAGCACCGCGAGCAUGCACAAGAGAAAAUAUGUCGGCAAUGUUCGACCCGAGUACCAGUGCUUGAAGAGCUACCGUCUACGAAGCGGCGGACACACAAACGAGCUUCAUCAGAAUCAUCGACCUCCACAACCCCUUCAUCGAAAAUCUCCACAGAUGACUGUUGCCGCUGGCAGAGGCGUCGUUGGUGUCACUCUGAAAGCCUGUCGCAUGACAGAUGCGGAGAUGAAUUUGCUGAGGAGUUGGGUCAUAUCAUCGACAAUAUUCUAGAAGAGCAUGCAAACACACUCCAGAAUGUCAUCAACAACAUCAAGAACACUCAACCCAGUCUCGACCGGCUUCGAAGGGUGUCUGGAGACCUUGUUUGGCGAUGCAAUACCAAUGAACAUAACAGAAAUCGCUGCCGGACAUCCUGCCGUUCAGCACAAGAAUCCUGUCGACGUGACGAUGAUUGCCUUCCACCUUACCCAUAUCUCCCACCCAAAGCGGCAGAGAAACUCAAUGUUGGGGCUACAGGCCAAGUUAAGCCGAACCUUAACGAUCCUGAAUCGAGCCUGCGUGAGGAAGUGCAUUCCAUACCCGACCUUGUCGACCUUGUCAAAUCUGCAGCCGACGAUCUCGGCUUCGAUCUUGACCGAAGGCCCACCGCGACCGACGAUGACAUGUUCCACAACGCCCCUUACGAGACCACACCUAUGGGUUCUGUCUCACAUCACACGGAUUUCUCCUUCGGGACAGCAGAAGACAGGGCUACGGAGGACGAGCCGCUUACAGAGGAGAGCUGGCUACAGCAAACAUGUCGACACUUGACCAAACUUUCGGAGGCCCGGGAGCAGCUUAUGGACGAACUGGAUUCCAUUGCUGGGUAUCUCGACGUUGAACUUCGAGAACAACCAGAGGUUAAGUCGGUGACUGAUUCGGAUGCACCACAUCCACACCGCGUACUCAGCAAAGCUCCUACAGGUCUCUCACGUACAUCCACAUUACAGAGAGACACUCUUGUCGACUCAGUACAGCGUAUGCUCAGCAAAACGCCUACUGGCAUCUCACGCAGCUCUACAUGGCAUGCAGAAGACGAGGAGGCCGUCGAAGACCCCGACGUCGAGCCAGUGCAGCGUGUAUCGAUCAUGUCUCCUCCUGCUAUCUUGCAGGUCUCUACAUGGAUCAGGGACGUUUCUGUCGACGCAACGCGACGUGUACUCAGCAAGCCUCCUACUGGCCUCCUGCACAAUAAUACCUGGCAUAGCAUUGGGGACGAUCCAGCAGACAAUUCUUUUGUCGAGCCCGUACAACGUGCACUCAGUAAGGCUCUUACUGGUCUCUCGCGCAACUCUACAUGGCAAAAGAAUGUUGAUGCACCGGUAGACGAAGUCGCUAUUGAAAGUGUAGAGCGUGUACUCAGCAAGGUCCCCUCUGGCUUCUCACGCGGAUCCACAUCGCAUGGUAACAAGACUGUCGACGUCGGAGACCUCGGGGCUGACGUUUCGGAUCACCAGAAGUACGAUCCGGUUACCGCAAUGGUGCAGCGUGUUCUCAGUAAAGCAUCCACUGGUGUCUCAACCAAGCCAACCUGGCCGAGUUCCACGACCGUCAACACCGCCGAAGAUGAAAUCCAGAGCGUCGUCGAUAAUAGCGUUGACGAGCUUCGGCUUAGUCGCGCACUCACUCGGAUCCUUAGCCAACCGAAAAAACCUUCAUCUGCCGGUCAAGAGCCGUACAAGGUUGAAGACGUUUCGCCUGAAGAGAUCUAG